CAUCACUGUACCUUUUGAAAUAAGUGUUCCUGCUCAGUCCUCUCAUUUUUAUGUUGUUCCCCAGUGUAAGGUCCAACAUGGGAUUUUCUAUCCACUGGAGUUGGCAUAUUGCGCUUAUAUUUCUUCUCUGUAUGGGAGGGGAAGUGCGCUGUGAUUGCACAGAGACAAAUAUGCAAAUUGAAGGAGGUCAUUACAAAUUGACCAAGCAGCUGCGGGCAGGCAGCAUGUUGGUCUACAACUGUCCCGAGGGUUACUACCCAUACCCGGCUAGGACCCGCCUGUGCCAGCCCAAUGGCAGCUGGAGACCGGCACCCAAAAGGUUUUCACCUCAGAGAUGCAGGCUUGUUGAAUGCCCUGACCCAAGUGUGCUGGAGUACGGCAAUGUCUCCCCUCCUCAGGAGAAGUACUAUGUGGAUAAUGAGACCACGUAUGAGUGCUACUCUGGAUAUACAAUGCGAGGCUCAUCCAGCCGUGUCUGCUUACCAAGUGGAAAGUGGAGCGGCUCCACUCCCAUCUGUAGCCGCGACUCAGGAGAUCAUUGUGCUGAUCCUGGUAUCCCAGCUGGUGCCUCGAGAACGGGAAACAUGUUUGGAAUUGACGACACAGUGAGAUACAGCUGCAAUGGCAACCUCAUUUUGGUGGGGUCGAACGAAAGGGUGUGUCAGGAGAACGGCCAGUGGAGUGGCAAUGAGCCAGCGUGCUACUACAAACACACCUACGACACUUCCUUGGAGGUUUCAGAGGAAUUUGGCAGCACGAUAAAAAACACCCUCGCCAUUUUAGAGCCAACUGGUGGCAUAGAAAUGGGGAGGAAAAUUGCCGUCUCAACAAAUGGGUCACUUAACAUCUAUAUCGCAGUGGAUAUUUCUGAGAGCAUUGAUUCCAUAUACAUCAAUAACUCGAAGGAGGCUAUCAAAACACUCAUCAGAAAGAUUUCAAGCUUCACCGUGGCUCCAAACUAUGAAAUCCUCUUUUACAACUGCUAUAUAUAUGAAGUCGUCAACAUUCUUGAUUUCUCGGAUGGCACAGUGCCACUGAGCAGCAUCUGGCGUGAAGUGGAAAACUUCACAAUAGAAGACAUAACAACCAUAGGAUCGGAUCUGAACCUCGUCUUUAAGACCUUCUUGGAGAGAAUGGCAGUGCUAAAGAUGCGGGUUGGAGCGGAGGCAUUUAAGGAACAUCGUCACGUCCUUAUAGUUUUUACAGAUGGUGCUUAUAAUAUGGGCGAACCUGCACCUACCGUGGCAAAAAUAAAGGAUAUUGUAUACCGUGGUGACACUGGUGAAGUGGAGACUCAGUCAAGAGAAGAGUAUCUCGACAUUUAUAUUUUUGCCAUCGGAGAAGAAAUCUUUGAUGACGAUCUGAAGCCCCUCACAGCGGGGACCGGUGGCAGGCACUACUUCAGAAUGAAGGACAUCUCAAAUUUACAGGAGACUUUUGAUGAAAUAAUUGAUGAGGAAGAUGUUAAGGGUCUGUGCGGUCUUCACAAGGACUUUGACACGGGUACCAAAGAAAGCAAGAAGAAAAGGUAUCCAUGGGUGGCAUUCAUUAUCAUCCAGAAAGAUGGAGUCUCAAAGAAGUGCCUCGGCUCUCUGGUGAGCCCUGAUUUUGUCUUGACUGCCGCUCACUGCUUUCCAUUUGGAACUUUACCUGAGCACAUCACAGUGGAGAUCAAUGAUGGACAGGGCAUAGUAAAAAAAGUUAAAAUGUUCAGAAUACAUGACCGGUACAAUGUCGCCGCUAAAGUUCAAGAGAGAGUUCAACAGUUCUUCGACUAUGAUGUUGCCCUCAUUCAACUGGAGAAACCUGUUGAAAUCUCCGCUGCCGCUCGACCUAUUUGCAUACCUUGCACCAAGGAGACCAGUCAGGCUCUAAAACUGGGUGGCGCUUCCACCUGCGAGCAACAAGAGAAGCUUCUGCUAAAGAAUCAUCUCGAAAGCCUCAGUUUCCUGACCAGAACGUCCAACUUCAUAGAUGAAAAAACUGUCCAAGCUAAGCUUGGCGAUAAUAGACAUGAAUGCAUCAGACAUGCACUAGCUGCAGAAGGCGUAGAUACGGAUAACCCAGAGGUCGCUGUGACUGAAAACUUCCUGUGCACUGGUGGUCGAUCUCCUCACAGAGAUCAUAUAGCAUGUAAAGGUGAUGCAGGAAGCGCUGUGUUCAAGAACUACGAGCUACGCACAAUACAGGUCGCACUGGUCAGCUGGGGAAACAAGGAUCUGUGCAAAUCAAGUUCAGGUCUCGUCGAGUCAGAUGACACCUCCAGAGAUUUCCAUAUUAAUCUUUUCAGAGUUGUCCCUUUCCUCAAAGCUGUCCUUGGAAAUGACAACCAGGAUGAGUACGCACCACUUGAGUUUUUGGACAGCUAAAUGCAUUAACAUACUGUACUUUGCUUUGAUGUUUCAUUGAUAUGAUUUAUAUAUACACUGUGUUUUAAACCAUCGGCUCAUCUGCAGAUUGAUGAACAGUGAAUGCCGAGUUUACAAUGAAAAAAGCUAAAGUUUUCACACAAAACGCUGUCAUUAAAGUAAUUGUACGCGUG